CUUUUCACUUCUACCGUCACCGCUUAUUGUACUCCGAUGGGUCAAGCUACACAAGUACAUAUGCAGUGAAAUAAGCAGUCUGUCUCACUCACUCACUCACAUUUACGAGAGUGUCUCUAUGUGAUUGCGUAGUCUGCUAGAAAUAACAACCAAUUACCCUCACAUCGUCUUAAACAAAUGGAUAUUUUGGAUACUGGAGAGUACACUGCCUAAAAGAAAAUAUGGGUUGGUCACGUCUAGACAGCAUUUGAUAAGUCAUUGGAUUAAACAACACAUUCUUUCCCAUUUAUAUGCAGAUCUAUAACGUGAGUGGACCUAAUAAGUUCCCCUAAAGUGAGUGUCCAAGAUGAUGUCCGAUAAUGGAUAUAUCGAUGGCUCUUGGCAGCUGAAUAUUAACGUGACUGAUUUAAAUGUCGAUAUAGCUCUUCGAGUGAAAGGUGACCUGCAUAUCGGCGGGGUUAUGUUACAACUAGUCGAAGCCCUCGAUAUUGCAUUAGAUUGGUCUGAUCAUGGAAUAUGGUGGCCGGCACGGAACAAAUGGCUUAAUCGUACUCGAUCCACAUUGGAUCAGUAUGAAGUUCAAGCUGAUGCGAAACUGGAGUUUACUCCCAUGCACAAACCGCUUCAGAUUCAGCUGCCAAACUUGAGCAUCAUUGAGCUUCCUGUGGAUUUUUCUUGUAAUGUUUUUGGAGCUGUUCUCCAAAUAUGUAAAAAAUGUGGAAUCCGCCAUCCUGAAGAACUUUCGCUGAUGAGGAAAUUAGAAAAAGAUGAUCUGAAGAAAAACACACUUAUCCCUGUUCAACAUAAACGUCAUCGACAAAAGCAACCAAUGAGUCCGUAUGUUGAUUCUCCAAACAGCCACAAUAACUCCUCAAAUAGUCUUGAUUUUUACAGCCCUCACUCAAACCGCUCACCACAGAGCACGUUACAUCACAGUCCUGGUAGCGUACAUAGUUUAUCAUCCAACUCUCCUCAAAACACAUUUAAUGCCAACAACAGCUAUUUUGCAGGAUCAAUGCACAGCCUGCACUUAGAUGGAGGCUAUGAGCAAAUAUUGCUCAAUGGUCCUCAUAAACCUACCAAGGAAGCUUUCAAUCUGCUGUUGCGUCCAAAGACCUUUUCAGAAAAGGCCAGAAUGAAUAAAGGAUGGCUUGAUUCUUCAAUUUCAUUAAUGGAACAAGGUAUCCGUGAAAGACAUCUACUGUUACUUAGGUUUAAGUUUUUCACAUUCUAUGACCUCAGUCCAAAGUAUGACAGUGUCCGAAUAAACCAAAUCUACGAGCAAGCUAAAUGGGCUUUGAUAUCGGAAGAAAUAGACUGUACUGAAGAAGAGAUGGUAAUGUUUGCUGGCUUACAGUUACAAGUCCAGUUGGAGAGUCAAAACCCACAACCUGAAAUAUUUGAUCAAACUGACGGUCAAGAAGAGGAUGAUAUUGAUUCUGCCUUAAAAGAAUUGAAAGAGUCUUUGGAAGGGACAACGGCCCCUUCUUCAAAUGACAUCACAAAUGUACCAGAGUUAGAUGCUUUCAUCAAAAUAUUCAAACCAAAAAAGUUCACCCUGAAGAAUUUUAAGCGUUAUUAUUGCGUCUUUAGAGAAUAUACUAUUUCCUUAUAUAAGAGUAAAGAAGACCGGGCUGGAGAACCUAUUGCAAGAAUUGGUACCAAAGGCUGUGAGGCCAGUCCUGAUGUAAACCUUUCAAGUCAGAAAUUUGGUAUUAAAUUAUUUGAACCCACGAAAGAAGGAAUGUCAGAAAUUUGGCUUCGGUUUGACACAAAAGAACUUUACUGUGACUGGAUGGCAGCCUGUAGAUUGGCUUCUAAAGGCAAAACAAUGGCAGAUAGCACAUAUGAAAGUGAGGUAACAACACUGAAGACCUUCCUGAGUAUGCAAGAACCUGCAGCCGAUGACUCAAAUGUAUCAUCCAGUGGCUCAGUUCCAGAUAUCAAUGUUGAAGAUUUUGUUGCUCCUCGAUUUGUAAGAAAACUCAAAGCUGGACAGUUUCUCAAACGUAUUAAAGAAGCUCACACCAAUGUGAAAAAUAUGAAUUUGACAGAAUCCAAGAUGGCAUACAUCAAAGCAUGGCAGGCACUACCAGAAUAUGGCAUUACUUAUUUUAUUAUAAAGAUGAACAACAUGAAAAAAGAGGAAUUAAUUGGUGUGGCAAACAACAGAAUCAUACGGAUGGAUCUUCAGUCUGGCGACUCUGUUAAGACAUGGCGUUACAACACACUGCAGACAUGGACAGUAAACUGGGAAACCCGGCAAGUUAUUCUGAAGUUUGAAGAAGAGAAUAUCGUCUUUGACAGUCCCGCAGCAGACUGCAAAGUUGUUCAUGAGUUUAUAGGCGGUUACAUUUUCCUCUCGAUGCGUUCUUCUGACAAAAACCAGACAUUAGAUGAAGCUCUCUUCCAUAAAUUAACUGGUGGGAGAUUGUAAUCUUGCCCAUUAACUUCUGUAGAGACUUGUUGAUUUCUGCAAAUGUGACCGACCCCGUUACCAUUAUUAAGGAGUCACAUUUCAGUUCCUCAACAAACCUGACACAUGGAUUCUUGCUGUAAACUAUUGUAUGUAUUCCUACGAUUCUAUCAAGGAGGCAAUUAUUUUCUAAAACCCAUACAUAAGGCAUGCAAAACUUCAGAACUUGAUUUUGUCUCUACUAGCUACAGACUUCCAUAUUUUUUUUUUUUUUUUUGUAUACUUUAAGUUUUAAGAAAAUAUCUUGGGGGUUUAAAAUAUACUUUUAUGCUUCUCCAUGACAAAUUAUAUAUUUAACACACACACAUUCACACAUUAAAAAAAGGCUUUUAAUUAAAAUACAAAAAAAAAAGGUAGUUGAAAAGAAGGUAAUAUGAGUUGUCAGCAUGAAAUUGUUUAGCCUUGUAGGCAAAUUUGUAUAGAUGCCUUUUUUUUUUUUUUUUCCAUAAAUAAAGCUGCUUGCUUUCCAUGCAGGUGAUUCUGUUGAGAGUGUAAUCUAGUUUUUACUCUGGAAACCUCUUGCAGAUUAGAGAAUGUGUGCACACACAUCAACACAAACAUUAUUAAGCAGUCGCAUUUAAAAAAAAAAAUGUGAAUCAAUUUUAGGGCUGAAUUUUUAAUUACCUGAUAGAACCUGUUUUUAUAACAUAAAUGCAAAAGCCCAGUGGUACUUUGGUAGCUUUACUGUUUUGUUGCUCCUUCACUGAAUGAUAAGGCAAGAAGCUUGCAAGGAGGUUCAUGUUACCUUACCAAUAUCACACUUCAGCCAUUGAUAUUGCCACAUCUCUCCCUUUAUUGCCCCAGAUUUCUGCUCUUGCUUCUGGGGGGUUUUUUU